AUGACCGCAAUUGUAGGCUCUGAUUCGCAUGCGCGAUACCGUUUGGCUCAAGAACGCGAUUUUCGCAAGUAUAUGCCGGGCGAAUUUUCGGCUUCACAAUUCGCUCCUUUCGACCAUGCUAGUCACCAAGCCUUCAAUCCACAGCCAUCGCCCGAUCCGGCCUUAACUGCGUUUGCCCAACUAGGCGCCAUCCGCGUCGGGACGCAACGGGCCCUGGUCACCCUCUUCGAUCGCACUCAUCAGCAUAUCAUCGCGGAGGGUACCCCGUCAUUGAAUCUCGUCGGUGGAGGUACUCAGGAUGAUCGCGAUAAGCUGCUACUGGGUUGCUGUGUGCUCCCGAAAGAAAGGGGCCUGUGCCACAAUAUCGAGAACCAGCCAGUCUCCGCGUGCGUGGAGAAUGGCAAGUCAGACAAGGCCGGCGCCUUAGUUGUUGGGGACGUGACUGAGGACCCGCGGAUCAAAAUUAACGAGCUGCUGCACAGGCUAUCGAAUGUGCGUUUCUUUGCCGCUGUGCCUCUUAUCAGCCCUCGGGGGCUCAUGAUUGGAUGUUUCAGCGUCAUGGACGACAAUGUCAGAACUUCCGGUCUCCCAGAACACUCGAUUCGAUUCAUGAAGGACAUGGCUAGUGCCAUUAUGAAGCACCUGGAGAGGGGCCAUUUCACCCGCAAAAGUCGCCAGUCCGAACGAAUGCUUGUCGGCCUCGGCAGCUUUAACGAGGGGAAAUCUACGCUUCGUAGCUCAUGGCAAGAAGAUAAUGCAGAAGAUCUCGGAGAGUCGAAAGAGGGCCAGGUGAACACCCAGCAGCAGCAGCGUGAACAAGACAACCAUGAGACAGAACAAGACAGUCAUGAGACAAAUGCAACCCCUCUUGUUUUGCGAGGGCCAAAAAGCACUGAAGAUCCUUCGAGAGUGGGGUCAAAUCAUGGCAGCCUGGAGACAGACCAUAGCCAAAAUUCUGGAGUAGAGCCUGCACCAAAAGCUAUACCUAUCCAAAGUGGUGGUGAAAAUCCUCAAGAAGAAUCACAGGUCAACAGCAUCAAACGAGUCUUUUCACGAGCAGCAAACUUGAUAAGAGAGUCAAUCGGGACUGAGGGUGUGAUCUUCCUUGAUGCGCAAAGCGGUUACUUCAGCAAAUUCGGUGACCAACCUGGCCACAGGAGAUCGGAUCCCGGCGUCAAUAGCAAUCCAUCAAGCAGCGACGAGAGCAUUGAUUCGGACUCACAGACCAAGCGCGAGUCGGCGCCCUCUGGUCAUCGAACCGAAGAAGAUAGUUCACCUUGGUCCACGUGCUUGGGAUUCUCAAGUUCAUUAGGAUCGUCUAUCAACAAUGAGACAGUGUCUGGCCCGCCAUCUAUGGUGUCGGAAGCUCUGUUAAUUACACUUCUUCGCCGAUACCCACAUGGAAAGAUAUUCACCUACGAUGCCAACAAGUCUGUCUCUGACGAGAGCGAUUCCAACUCACGCGAGGCCACUGAAGCUGAUCGCCCGAUCCAAGCCAAUCAACGGAGAUCGUCCAGAGAGAAGGGCACAUCAACUUUCCAAAAAGACGCUCACCGCCUGAUCAACAUUUUCCCAACAGCCAGGAGCAUUCUACUAUUGCCAAUUUGGGACUCGGACGCGCGAAAGUGCUUUGCUGGAACGAUAGUCUGGACGAAUGACCCUGAACUUGUCUUCACAUAUGAGAACGAAAUGAUGUACGUUUCGGCAUUUGCGAACAGCAUCAUGGCCGAACUCAAUCGUCUCGACGUAGAGUUGGCGAACAAGUCCAAGACCAGGCUGCUCAGCAGCAUUACCCACGAGCUCAGAACACCCCUGCAUGGAAUCUUGGGUACUGCGGACAUUCUCAGUGACACAGCCAUGAAUGCUUUGCAACAUGGCAUGGUUCACACAAUUGAGUCUUGUGGCCGCACUCUCCUGGACACCAUCAACAAUCUGUUGGAUCUCACCUUCCUUGGCCAGAAUAAGAACACUGGAGGCAAGCAGUCGGGAGAGAGGGGGCGCCACUUGGUCGUCAGGUCGGAUAAAGGGCGUGUCGAGCAAAGUAAAUCUCGCGAUGAGAAGGCCUCAAAUUCAAAUAUCAAGUUGGAUGCGGUGCUCGAAGAGGUCACGGAGUCCGUUUUUGCAGGAUACAGCUUUUAUAACCACCCCAAGAUGCCGCCGCCCGCCUUGACGGAUUCCUCAUCACGCUCAGCCGGUCAAACGAGCUCGUCCAACCAGGUUGGUCCACGGGCCGGCGAGGUCACCAUCAUUUUCGACAUCCAGCCCAAUACAGAGUGGGAAUUCAACACUCACCCUGGUGCCUGGCGCCGGAUUCUGAUGAACGUUCUUGGUAAUGCACUGAAGUAUACCAAGUCAGGCUACAUUUACCUGGGGCUGAAGUCAUCCGAGAAAAACCCUUCUCAAAACAACACAAGAUUAAUCUCAGAAUCAUCAGAGGAGCAAGGAGCUGAGUUCGAGGUCACUCUUAUUGUCAAAGACACCGGCAAGGGAAUUGGAAAGGAGUAUUUGCGAAAGAACCUUUUCACCCCCUUCAUGCAGGAGGAUUCACUCGUAUCCGGGAGCGGAUUGGGACUCAGCAUCGUCCAUCAAGCUGUUGGAUCCCUGGGUGGCUCGAUUGAUAUCAAUUCUACCCUGGGAGUCGGCACUGAAUUAACGAUCCGGACCCCGCUCCUGCGUGCGCUCGGUACAACAGACAUUGCUUCGUCGAAUUCGGAAUUCCACUCGACAUUAAAAUACACCGAAGGGAAAACGAUUGGGUUCUUGGGCUUCGGGGAAUCCCUUGAAUCUCAACGAGAUAAGUCCUUGUAUGACUCCCUGGAGCGAUUGUGUCGUCACUGGUUUGGUCUGUCUGUGACGAACGUGUCGUCCUACCAAGGUGAACCCCUUCUCCUGGACUUCUACUUGGCCAUACAGACAGAGCUGGACUGUGAAGACACAAAGGGAAGAGACCUCUUCGCCCUCGGAAAAGAUCGUCAAGGUGCAGAUUGGAACGGCUCACCCAUCGUCGUCAUCUGCCAGUCUCCUGAGGAAGCGCAUCACAUGUUUGUAACAACCAAGAGCCGCGAUGAGGCACCCGUCUUCGAGUUCAUCAGCCAACCUUGUGGGCCACGCAAACUGGCACGAGCACUGAAUCUGUGUAUCAAGCGACAGCGCAAUUCUUCGUCCGGUCGGUCUAGCCCCUUCGAGCAGACUCGCUGGGUAGAACUACCGGAAUCCUCUCGUCUGCCAGUCGAUCUCCCAGCUAGUGUUCCUCCCGACAGAAGGAUGAAGAUCAGCAAGCGACCGACCACGGAUACAAUGGGAUCCUAUGAACCUGAGCAUCGUCGACUGUCGGCGGAGGUGGGAACCCAGGAUGGAGCGCCUCAGAACAGGGCACAUUCGACCUCACUUACGGAUGGAGUGCACGAAGACCCAGAUAACUCGGGUCCAUCCGUUUUACUGGUGGAUGAUAAUGAUCUGAAUCUUCAACUACUGAGCGCCUUCACUAAAAAGGGCAAUUACGAAUACUUGACCGCUCGCAAUGGGGCCGAAGCCAUCGAUAUCUACAAAGCACAUCCCGGCUCUUUGCGGGUCAUUAUUCUAGACAUAUCAAUGCCCGUCAUAGAUGGCUUCGAGGCCGCCCGCCGGAUCCGCUCCUUUGAGAGAGAUUACCGAGCCUCGUUGUCAGAUUCCGCUCGAGAGGCGUUCCCCUCCGUAACCAUCGUCGCCUUGACAGGACUCGGUGGCACUGCUGCCGAGCAAGAGGCCGCUGCUUCUGGCAUCGAUGAGUUCCUUAUCAAGCCGGUAAAACGAUCCGACGUCCAGGCAAUGCUACAGAAAAAGCACCCUUGA